UGUUCAUAGUGCUAAAAAAAAGAGCAUUUUUACAUGGUGACUUGAGGUUUUAGGAAACACGAACACAAAUCCAGGCUUAAGUGCGGCGAUGUGAGCACACGUGCAGUGAUUGUGUGUGCGAGACAACACGCUUUUGAUUCGCCACUACUCUGUCACGUGACCCCACAUCAUCUCCGUGACUGUUGCUGUUUGGCAGCUAUGACAACAAACUUUGAAAGUUAGAUGAAUGGCCUCGGUGAAGAAGAAGCUUUCCUCCGCUAUAGGGUAUCGACAUUGUCUGAAAUGCACGGUGUACUUGGACAUUCAGGCAGUCACAUGCCCGGGAGUGCUACUGUCUAAGAAGUACGAUAUCUACCUCCGUGUCUGCAUCAUGGGCCAGUACAGGAAGACUGCCUGUGUGCCUCCAGUCUUCCCUUUACUUUUCCAGCACAAAAUGGUUUUUGUCAAGAUAUUCCCCGGCGUUGUUGACCCUGCUGAUGUAGCUGACCUCCUCGAAGCUGACACAACAUCUUUUGAGCUGAUUCAGUUGGUGCCUCCAGAAGGUGAGGUACUUGCCACAAUGGAGGAAAGCAGCAGAGAUUUCCUGUAUCCAGGUCCCAGGUGGACCUCAAGAGUCGCAGAGCGAGAAAUACUGAUGAAAAGAUCAUCCUCUUUUCCUGGAAUCUCCCCUAAAGUAGUGUUUUCCACGACAUCAGUCAUAGAAGACAGUGAUGGGAGAGACAACCAGACAGCCUCACCUUUUGGCUGUCUUUCUCCAGCGAGGCCAUCCUUAACCCUUUCCAGACGGAGUUCAGCAAAAAAGCCUACCAGCGGGCAUUUUUCCAAAGCAGAUGGUGGGAAGUGUGUCUCUUUGAAAAGUGGGAAGGACAAGCUGAGUGUUGAUGCUAAAAUUACAAACUCUGCACGGUCAUCAACAUCCAGGCAAUCCCCACCAGGCCGCAGUCCUCCAAAAAACAAGAAGGGAAAAAAUUGCGACCUAUCUGGAGUUUCUGCCGAGCGCGGCUACCAGCAGCCCACCGUUUCCUCAAGGACGCGAGCCCUGUCCCCUUACACCCACCGAAGGAUGUGCCAGCUUUCCGAGGAUGCCAGGCAGAGGCUCAGCCACCUCCAGCUGGGGCCUCACUACUUUAGGAAAGAAACCGAGAGCCCGACGCCCUUCUUGGUCUCUCGCUGCAGCGACGUCUCUGGGAUGGGAACGUUUUCCCCCUGUGUACUAAAUACUAGCGUUCAUCGGCGCUCCGUGAGCUUCUCGGCUGACCCCACAGAUUCUUCUCUCCUUGGGAGUUACAGGCCAAGAACAGCGAGAGUGGAAUCGGGAUUUGUGAGGGAGGACUCUCCUCCAAAGACUCCAUCCCGACAUGAACCCCAAAUUAAAGGUUCUGCCUCAACUCCCUCCAACCUGACUGUACAAAUCUCCAGAAAUCCUUUGAGUCGUAGCAGCCAUUCCCUCAGAGAAAGACUCAGAGCCAGUCAGACCAGUCCUCCACACUGGGAGCAAAUCCACAGCCGAGUCCAGAGGAUUCUUCAGACUCACAAAACAAACCGGGACCAAAGGGCGAGCUUUGACCUUUAACCCUCUGAUCUGACUUAGAAGAGACCAAA